GAUCGCUAGUAACGUGCUAUAUGCGCUUUGGUGUUUUUUUUCUCGUGCGUUUCGUAGUCUUUAGUUUAUCCAAUUUGUGUCCUUCGUCUGGUGGAGGAUGUGCUCGGUGUUUUAACGUUUACGUAUGUGCUGCGGUGGAUUAAAGUCUAGAUAAUAAUUGCGUUGUUUGCAACAAGUGAUUAAAAUAUCCUUUUGUGAAUUUAAUUGCUUUUGUUAUUUAAUCAACUUGACGUAUUAUUUUUUUCGAUUGAAUUAUCAGUGUACUUGUAAUUAUGCAGUUCGAGAUCGGUGGUAUUUUGUGCUGGUGUGUGUGAAGUUUUUUUUUCAUUCGAAGGAGUUUUCAAUUAGGAACAUAUUCGAUAUGGAUUUUACGAAGAAAAGUGGAAAACUUAUACGGAUUUCAACGGUAUUAUGCUGCUUUUUGAUGUUGAUGUGCACGUGGGCUGAAACGCACCCCAUCAAUAAAGUGAAAGAGAUCACGUUAAAGAGAAACCAAACGAAUGAAACUUUCAAAGAUGAUGAUGAGGUGAACCUCGUAUGCAGUGCUCCAUCACCUGAUCUAAAAAAUAUCACUUAUACUUGGUAUAAAGAUGGCAAAAGUAUAGAAUCCAAUUCGAAAGAUCACAUCAAAAUUGAUAAACAAUGGUUAAAAUUCAGGGCAAAUAAGAAAAAACACAAUGGCACAUUUUCCUGCCUGGUUAAUUGGAUAGAUGAUGAGAACAACACGGUGGAAAAUUAUUGGCAAAAUAUAACCGUAAACGUACAACCGAGAAUAUUUAAAAUGAAACAAAAUGUACAAAAACCACGAUUAGAAAUAAUGAGCAGUAAAGCCGAUAUCAAAGAAGAUAUUAAACUGCAACCAGAAUCUUCAAAUUCGGUCACUCACGUUGUUAAAAUUUACGGCGAAAAUUUCACAUUCAGUUGUCCAACAUCAAAAAAUAAACACAACUCUGUAAAAUGGUACAAAAAUGACGUCGAAAUAAAAGAACGACGAGACUCGCAAAACUGGACGAUGAAUAACCUAACAAACGAAGAUAAUGGAAUUGACGUAAGAUGCGAAACCAAAACAUCCUCCGAUCAUCAUCAUCUGCACGCUUACAAAUUACACGUUUUCAAAUCCAAAGAUGAAAUGCCAAUAAUUGUCGAAGGACCGACCAACACCACCGUUUUUAACGGCGAUAAUGCAUCUUUCACGUGUUUCGUAUCGAAUUUAUCCGAUAGUAAUAUUACUUGGUUGAAUCGAUCGACUGAACAUCCAUCAUCGAUCAAUAUCACUCGAACUAUGUGCAAAGCAUCGAUUGAUUCUAGUCAUAUUAAUUCUGAUCCUCAAAAGUUGGUAAUUCGUGAUGUCAACAAGAGAAGUUCUGGAUGGUAUACUUGUGUUGUUUGCACUCCUUCAACCACAGUCACAAGUAGCGCUUGGUUAGAAGUUGAAGAUGUUGAUAAGGCAGCUAAUCGAAACGAUGACGAAGAAAACGACGAUGCAGAAAACGAUACAACAGAACACGAGAAGGAUACUACGCUAAAACCAUCAAAACCUUUGGGUCCUUCGGCACCUUCGUUCAGAAAAAAAGAUGACCUGCAUCCCACCGUUGCCAAACCUGCCGGUAACUCUGUAGAACUGAAAUGUCCAGCAACAGGCAAUCCAACGCCAAACAUUACUUGGCUAAAGGACGGUUUCCCGGCGACUAGAAUUUUGGGUGUAAUGAAACCUCGAGGAAAAUGGUCAAUCAUUAUGGAAGACAGCAACACUAACGAUGAGGGAAAUUAUACAUGCGUUGUGUGUAACAUGUACGGCUGCAUAAAUCACACGUUCAAAGUUAAAAUAGUAGAACGACCCCGCGCCAAGCCGUACAUCAAGGAUGGCUUUCCCAAAAAUCUCACCGUUUUGGUGAACACAAAUGCGACAUUCGAAUGCCCGUCGCAAGCCAGUAAUGCGUGGUAUGUGGAGUGGAUAAGGCCAUUUUCAAAUCAGUCGUUGAAUGCUACAUUUCCACCAGAAGGAUAUCACAUAAAGGAAAAUGAAGCAAAUCUCGAGUUAUCCAAUGUAACUUACGAAGAUGCAGGAUGGUACACUUGUGUGGCAGCUAAUAAUCUUGGUGCCACUUAUGCAAGCGCUUAUUUGAACGUCGUAGAUGAAUUAGAAGAUCCAUUCAAAAUGCCAAUCAUGCCAUCACCGUAUUCUAGAUUCACCACCAUUAUUAUUGUGAUUUUAAGCACAUCAUUUGUAAUCGCAGUGAUGAUAGUAAUAUGUAUUCUUCGUCGAUUUAAAAAGGAAAGACAAAAGAAGCUCAUAGCGCUGGAGACGUUGACUCAUUGGACGAAAAAAAUCAUCAUUGAAAAGGCAGCUAUUUCAAACGAAAAUUUACAAGGACCAUUGCAAAUGCCAAUCGUGAAAAUCGAACGUCAAAAAGCUCAAAGCGUUAGAACCGAUUCAUUCUCAGCGAGUGAAUACGAAUUACCAGUCGACUCAGAUUGGGAAUUCCCUCGAGAAAAUUUGCAACUUGGAAAAAGUCUUGGAGAGGGAGCAUUUGGCAAGGUUGUGAAAGCCGAAGCGUUUGGUAUCCUGCAACCAAAUGCCAACACAACUGUAGCAGUUAAAAUGUUAAAAGAGCAACCCACCGACACCGAUAUGAUGGACUUGGUAUCGGAAAUGGAAUUAAUGAAAGUUAUAGGAAGACAUCGAAACAUUCUGAAUUUAUUAGGAUGCUGUACACAAGGAGGAAUCUUACUCGUUAUCGUCGAAUACGCGCCUCAUGGAAAUUUAAGAGAUUUCCUCAGACAGCAUCGUCAUUCAUCCGGAUACGAGCCAGCUAUUGGAGCACCCUUCAAAGAGAAAACAUUGAGUGAAAAAACUCUGGUCAAUUUCUCCUACCAAAUAGCCAGAGGAAUGGAGUAUUUGGCUUCUAAAAGAUGCAUACACAGAGAUCUUGCUGCUCGAAAUAUUCUAGUAUCAGACAAUUACGAGAUGAAAAUAGCAGAUUUCGGUCUCGCUAGGGAUAUUCAUAAUAAUGAUUAUUAUAGGAAAACCACAGAUGGCAGAUUACCAGUCAAGUGGAUGGCUCCAGAAGCCUUAUUCCAUAGGGUUUAUACUUCGCAAUCAGACGUCUGGUCCUACGGCGUAUUAUUGUGGGAAAUUAUGACCCUAGGAGGAGUGCCGUAUCCUACCAUUCCAAAUAUGGAGGAAUUAUUUAAAUUACUUCGUACUGGUCAUCGUAUGGAGAAACCAGUUCAUUGCUCUUUGCAAAUUUAUUAUGUGAUGCGAGAUUGUUGGAGUUACGAUCCGAACGACCGUCCUGAAUUUUCUACUAUUGUCAAAGAAUUAGAAGAGAUAUUAAUGAAUUAUAGAGAAUAUUUAGACUUGGAGCCUCCUGAAUUAGAAACGCCGUCGACUAGUCCUGAAUCAAGCGACAGUGAAGAUCAUUUAUUAUGAUACAAUUUUUUGUAUUUUAAGGAUAAUUUUAGCAAAACAUCGAACCGUAUCAAAGAUAUACCUAAUUAAGAAACAUAUGCUCGUCUUAUAUUGUUGUAUCUCUUACCAAAUGUAGUCUAACUUAUUUCAGUAUUAUUUUGUUUUCAUUUAUUAUUAUUUGUUUAUUUAUUGUGUUACUUGUGUACAAAUAUGUGGAUAAAGAACGAUAAGUUGUCAGUCUCAUCGUUGGUAUACGGUGCUUUUGAAACGGAUAUGUAAAGAAAUAUACUCCAGUACAAUAUUUCAAUGAUUAGAUCUCAUUAUAUUUAAGUUUUUAUUUUCCAAUGAUCGGAAUAUAGAAAUUUUUUGUGCGUGUCAGUGAGGCUAGUUUUGCAUUUAUUAUUUUAUUCGAGAGAAGUGAAAGCAAUUUAACUGCUAUUUUUUUUAAUGUUUUGUAAAUUAAAAAAAAAUGUUAAAUUAUUUGUAUGUAAUGUUAUUAAAAUUAAUGUCUUAUUACUCAAAUGUAUAUUUUGUAUAUGAUUUCGUGUAAUUAAUGUUUUUGUAAUAUUUUACAAAUUAAAAAAAAAAGUUGCUCUGUUGUAAUUCAAGGUGUUUUAAAUAUCACCCUAAUUUUUGUAUUUAUGCGACUUAAUUCUUAAUAUUGAACUUUUCAUCCAAUACAAAACCAAUGUAUUUAUUUUUAAACGCGAUUGAUUGUGUAUCCAUGUAAUUUAGAUGUUUUACAAAUUAUUCUAAUUAAUGCAAUAAAUAUUUAUUAAAAGUUCAUGAUGUCAAGACCAUAAAAAGGUAAUAAUUGUGUAGGUCUUGGUACCAUAUCAUGAAAUUUAAUUUUUUAUCACGCCAUUUUAAUUAUUGUACUCGAUUACUUGAUGUUCAAAUUUGAAAAAUAAUCGAUCAAAAACCUAUAAUAUACUUAUUCAUGGGUAAAUUUUGUACCCACGAUUCAAGCAAUUAUGAAGAUUUAUUAAAUAUUUUGAAUUUUUUUGAUUUGUUACCUAAAUAGUCGGUUUAUUUUUCAUUGUACUCGUAAAUUGGAAAUAAAAAUUAUUUAUAUUCAG